AUGCUGGAAUAUGCAAAGGGAUCUCCAGAGCGGGCACAGCUUGUGACGGCCUUGCAGAACUUGAAGAAGCAGUUGCCCGUCAACAUUCCCAUAUCCAUCGACGGCGUUCAGGUUCAAACACACAAGACUCGUACUCAGGUGAACCCUUCCAACCACCGCGAGUCAAUCGCCGAGUACGCCGUUGCAACCCCAGACCAGGUCAACGCCGCGGUUGACGCUGCGCUCAAGGCCAAGCCAGCAUGGGAGGCCCUCCCAUUCGAAGACCGCGCGGCCAUCUUCCUCCGCGCGUCGGAGCUCAUUGCCGGAAAGUACCGGCAGAAUCUCAAUGCCUCCACGAUGCUGAGCCAGGGCAAAAACAUCUGGCAGGCGGAGAUUGAUGCCCCGGCAGAGACCGUGGACUUCUUCAGAUACUACGUCCAAGAGGCGUGGUCGCUGUUCGCGCAGCAGCCCAAGGUCCAUCUCCCCGGGCAAUGGAACAAGAUGGAGUAUAGACCGCUGGAGGGCUUCGUCUACGCCAUUGCACCUUUCAACUUUACGGCGCUGGGAGCUACCCUUGUUGGUCCAGCGGCUUUGCUCGGCAACGUGGUGAUCUGGAAGCCGUCCGACUCGGCGCUGCAUUCAGCACAUCUCCUUCACCAGAUUCUGCUGGAGGCCGGUCUUCCGAAGAACGUGAUUCAGUUCCUUCCCGGAGACGCCGAGGAAGUCACCGACACUAUCCUGAAGCGACCUGAGUUUGCAGCUCUGACCUUCAUUGGGUCGACGCAGGUGUUCAAGGGUAUUCAGAAGAAGAUUGGAGAUCAAAUUGGCAACGGCACGUACAAUUCGUACCCGCGUAUUAUCGGCGAAACGAGCGGCAAGAAUUGGACUGUGGUGCACUCGUCCGCCGACGCCAGGAACGCCGCGUUCCAUUCUGUACGAGCUGCGUUCGAGUACCAGGGUCAAAAGUGCUCUGCGCUUUCGCGCGUGUACGUCUCGGAGUCGGCGUGGCCCGAGUACAAGAAACACCUCGUGGAGCAGGUCGAUCAACUGAAAGUCGGCAGCGUCGAGGACUUCCCCAACUUUAUCACGCCCGUCAUUCACGAGCGCUCGUUCGACAAGCUCGCCAAGGUCAUUAAAGAGGCAGAGAACGACCCAGAGCUGGAAUUGAUCGUGGGUGGCAAGGCAUGCAAGGACGAAGGCUACUACGUCCACCCAACAGUAUACCGCACGACUAACCCUCGACACGACCUCAUGUCGCGAGAGCUCUUUGGCCCUAUUCUCAGCGUCUAUGUCUACCCGGAUGGCAAGUUUGAAGAGACGCUUCGCAUCCUUGACACAACGUCACGGUACGCCCUGACAGGAAGCAUCUUUGCCCUCGACCCGUACGCCUCCAGGAAGGCGCAGGACAAACUCAAGCACGCUGCUGGCAUGCUGUACAUCAAUUCUAAGUGCACUGGCUCGGCUGUCGCGCAGCAGCCGUUUGGAGGAAGUCGAGAUUCGGGCACAAACGACAAGACCGGGACGAUGGCGCACUUACAGCGAUUCACGAGCGUGAGAUCCAUCAAGGAGGACUUUACGCCGCUGGAAAAGGUACAGUAUCCGUCCAACGAGACGUAA